UCUCCCCAGUUUUCCGGUUGUGUUUCCCCAGUCUUUCCCCCGCCCGCUUAGUUGUGUUGGAGGCGGCAGGAGGUGAGUGCAGCCGUGGAGGCCAUGGCCUGGGCCGCGCCGCCGUUAUCCACGGACAAGUCUCGGUACAUUUGUAUAUACCCAGCCUACAUAAAUAACAAGAAGACAAUAGCAGAAGGAAGAAGAAUACCUCUUGACAAAGCUGUUGAAAAUCCCACAUCUACAGAAAUUCAAGAUGUAUGUACAGCAGUUGGACUUAAUGUUCUUUUGGAGAAAAACAAAAUGUAUCCCAGAGAAUGGAAUCGUGAUGCUCAGUAUAGGGGUAGAGUGCAGAUUCAGCUGAAGCAGGAAGAUGGCAGCCCAUGUUUUCCUCAGUUUCCAACACGGAAGGCAGUGAUGCUUUAUGCAGCAGAAACAAUCCCCAAACUGAAAACGAGGACACAAAAAAUGGGCGGCAGUGACCAAAGCCUACAGCAAGGAGAAGGCGGAAAAAAAGGCAAAGGGAAAAAGAAGAAAUGAUCGGCUGCACAACAGAAACACUUUGAUGGAUGGGAGCAAAAUGACUAUGGAGGCUUCUGACCUGGAAGGGGAACAAUCAAGCAAGAACUUCUGAAGCUCCUUCAUAGACACCAACUGAACUGGAAUGGAUUUAACUUGCACAUUGCAUAAGCCACAGUGCCAGCUUGUUUAAUCCACAAAGUACUGAAAAUGAGCAUCUUGUGUAUUUUAUUAAAAAGCAAAAUAAAUACAUGAUUGAAA